CGUAAACCCUAACGUAUACGCUCAAUUGUGGACGCAGCCUACCUGUAUGGCGGCAGGCGGACUAUAAGUAUAACCAUUAUCAAAGCUGACAGUGACAGUGUAAAUAGACGAAUAGUAUCAAUAAACAUAAUUCUUUUACUAAUACUCCUACUUUCACAACACAUGAGCCCUCUAGAUUUACCGAAAAUACACUAUUUUUUAUGAAUUGAGUAUGCAUACAUUAUUCCUGUAAAAAUUUUGCCAUAUUCAAAGUGCAGAUUAAAGAAUCUAACCUAAAAGUGAAUGCAUCAAGCAAGUUUUUUAAUCAAUUUGUAAUCUGUAAUAAUGAAACAUCAAUUAACUGAUGUGAAACCGGCUUCCAAUACAAAAGCUGAAGCUGAUGAGUCUCUUUUUGAAUAUCUUCAUGGAGAAAUGGUUAAUUAUGUCAUUGGUAAAACAUCAAAUGAUGGAAAUGAUAAAGAAGAGGAUCUUUCAAGUCUGGAAUGGAUGGGUUUCAGUGUAGGCUAUCGGAUCAUUGAAAGAUUAACCAGGGAAUGGCCUAGAUUUAAAGAUGAGUUAGACAUCAUCAAAUUUAUUUGUACAGAUUUUUGGACUAGUCUAUAUCAUAAACAAAUUGAUAAUUUGCGAACUAAUCACCAUGGAGUUUAUGUGCUACACGAUAAUGAAUUUCGAUUAUUAGGAAAAAUUGGAAAAAGCGGAAGUAAACAAUAUUUACAAGAGAGCCCACGCUUAUUAGCAUUUACAUGUGGACUUCUCAGAGGAAGUUUAGCAAAUCUUGGUAUUGCAUGUACUGUUAAAGCAGAUGUUACUGCUCUUCCAAGUUGUAAAUUUAAUGUUGAAGUUCAAAGAAUAUAAUUUAUUUUAAAAAUUAAUAGAGUACUUGUUACACAUUAUUAUUUAUAAGCAACUGUAAGUUAAUUGUUUGAUGAUUCAAUACUGUAUAUAGCAGAAGGUAUUAAAAACUUUAAUUUAUGUCUAAA